CCUCAUUUUUAAGGUAACCAAAAAAUUGUCAAGAGGGGUUUUAUUAUCCAAAUUAUUUUGGCGACGAUUUUGUCCAAAUUGUCGAAAAAGGAGAAAAAAUGGAGCUAAUUUAACUGAAGAAAAUGAAAGAAAAAAUUCAAGUAAUUCAAGAUUAGAAAAGUGUUGGUCGAGAAAAUUAAGCAUGGAAACCCAAAAAACCAAGAAAGAAGCAUUAAUAUUAGGAAAACCAAUAAAAGAAUGGGCUUUUUGGAUUAUUGUUGCCUUUCUGGCAAGUCUUACAAUUAAAGAUAUUGUUAAUUUGGUAACAGAAUAUUGUAAACAUCCCAAAAAAUCAGAUAUGAGUGUUCGUUUUAAUGAGACGAUGAAAAUGCCUAAUAUAACAUUUUGUAUGAGUAGAGAACAAGCAUGGAGUCAUUUUAAGUUAAACAGUACAGAAAAUAAACAAUUAUGGGACAAAACAAUAGCUACUCAAUUAGCUAAUAUGACCAAAAAAGAAGAUUUCCUUUCAAAACAAUGGGAUUAUAGAAUAGUUAUGGAAACAUAUAAUUUGAUAUCAACACUAACAAGUAUGGAAAGAGAAACAACAGCACAUGGAACCGUUGCUUCUAUCGAAAAAUAUAAUACACAAACAAGGCUUGAAGAAAUUAGAAAAUUGUCAAAGCGUCGUUCACUUCAACGCUUUCAAAGGACAACUUAUGAUGAAGAUGAAGUAAUAAGUACACAAUUAAAAAUUACUUGGUUAUCACAAGUUCAACUUUGGUAUUGUAGUAAAACAUUUAAAAAUCGCAAACUUAAAAAUCAAACAAAAAAAUCAAGCAAAAGACAUAAACAUUAACAAAACAUUUAAGAAGUUUAAAAAACAUCAAACAAAACAUUAAAAACAAAACAAACAAAAAAAAACAAAGCAGUUAAAAACAUUAAUCAAAACAUUAACCUAAACAUUUACAAACCACCGAACAACAUUCAGCUCAACAAGACAUUUAAAACAUCUA